AUGGGAAGAUUGAUGAUGUUGGCUUACUGUUUUUUCGUUUAUCUACUUCUGACAUCACUGGUGCAGCAGACCGUUGAUGGAGUUUCAGGGUGUUCCGUGGGCCGGUUUGGAACUGGCUGCUUACUGCAGUGUAACUGUGAGCGAUCUCAGGCCUGUGGUGUGGGUGGACAGUGCCCUAACAAUGGAGCUUGCAAGAGUCCAUACUUUGGCCCUGGUUGCCAAUACG